AUAAACCAUAGUUUUCAGUAUGAAAAGAUAUCUAAGAAUAUUUUAUACGUAUUUGUACAGUCAAGCAUCAAUCAAGCUUUUAUACAUCAAUCAAAUAUGCCACAUGGGGUAUCACAACUAGCUCCUCUUAACUGUAUACACCUCUAAUUUUGCCAAAAGUAUGGGCCCCACUUCCCUUUUCUUCCCACUUCCUUAAAUUCUUUUCUUUGGAGUACAUUUUAUUUUUUUUACAUCAUCAUUUUUUUUUAAUUAUAUAUAUACCCCCUUCUUCUUUUAUUUCCUCACAAUCAUGUAACAAAAUAAAUACUACACACACUCUCUAAACUUUCUUCUUAUUUUCUUUUCUUUUCUUUCUUUCCCUCCCAUCAUGGAAACACAUCUACAAAAUGAAUCUCUAGACAAUUUCUUCCAUUCUCUAUCAAAAUCUUCAUCUAUCACUUCUACCACGGCCUCUACCUCGACCUCUACCUCUUCAUCCUCUGUAUCGUCUUCUAAUAACCCUUUUUCAGGUAUUGAUAAAAAGUCGAAAACCAUCAAGAAUGGGUCCAAGAGAAUAAGAUUGGACCCGAAGGAGAAUAAUGAGGCCUCUAUUAAUAAAAAACUCGUGAAUGAUAAUGAUAAUGAUAACGAUAAUGAUAUUCGUCACCAAAAGGAUGAACAUCUAAUGUAUAGGGGUGUACGAAAGAGAAGUUGGGGUAAAUGGGUGUCCGAAAUAAGAGAGCCAAGGAAAAAGUCAAGAAUAUGGCUUGGAACUUACCCUACGGCUGAGAUGGCGGCUCGAGCUCAUGACGUGGCGGCUUUAGCCAUCAAGGGUGAAAAUGCAUUCCUUAACUUCCCUCAACUUGCACAUUUACUACCUCGUCCUGCCUCCACGUGUCCUAAAGACAUACAAGCCGCGGCUGCUAAGGCGGCUGAAGCCGAGCUGAGCCGACCUCUAGCUAGCAGCUCAUCAAGCUCAUCAACAACCACCAAUCUUAGCUCUUCUUCAUCAGAAGAAGCUAAUAACAUUGAAUGGUCUAGUUCUGUGGGACCCACUACAGACCAUGAUGAUCAUGAUCAUCAUGGUCAUGGACAUGGACAUAAUGUUGAUGAUGAUGAGUCAUUGUUUGACUUGCCUGACCUUGUAAUUGAAGGUAAAACUACUCAAAGAAUUGGAGGGUAUUAUUGUCAUUCUACAUGGCAAUUAGCCCAAGGAGAAUCCAUGAUAUUUGGGCUUGAUGAUGAUCAACACCCUAAUUAUUUAUGGAUGGGUUUACUAGAAAAAUAGAUAAUUUAAGUCUAAAAUUUCCCCCUUUUUUUUUGUAGUUAAUUAUAAUAUAUAGUUUAGUUUCAUACAAAUUCAUUCAUUACAUUAUUACAAAAACAUAUAUAUAGUCAUAUAUUAGCUUCAAAUUGUUCAUGAAGGUCAAUAGUCAACAUAUAAGAGAAAGGAGAGUAAAAAAAAAAGGUUUGUUUUGCAUUUACAAAUUUCUUCAUUUUUUUAAAGGUUUGAUUUUUUUGGUUUGUAGCUUGUUGGUUACAUUUCAUUUUGUGCAUAAUUACAUGAGGUGAGAUGUGGGAUAUCAAAUUUUGGGUCCCUCUCGGCUUCCCCACCUUUUUUGCAAGGUAAUGAAAUUAUACAACACAUACAUUAUUAUAUACAUUAUUAUAUAUCAUAAUUAAUUUUGUUUUUA